CGAAAAAAAGAACGUCGGACGCGGAGAACCUCAUUCCUCGACCGAAGCAUAUCGACAACCACCCCAUCGACCUUGCCGCUUUCAAAAUGAAGUUCAUGAAAGUGGGCCGUGUGGCCAUCAUCACCCGUGGCCGUUACGCCGGUAAGAAGGUCGUCAUUGUCCAGCCUCAGGACUCUGGCUCCAAGGCUCACCCCUUCUCCUACGCCAUUGUCGCCGGUAUCGAGCGCUACCCCCUCAAGGUCACCCGCCGCAUGGGUAAGAAGACCGUCGAGAAGCGCAGCCGCAUCAAGCCCUUCAUCAAGGUCGUCAACUACAACCACCUGAUGCCCACCCGUUACACUCUCGAGCUCGAGGGUCUCAAGGGUACCGUUACCGCCGACACUUUCAAGGAAGUUUCCCAGCGUGAGGAGGCCAAGAAGACCAUCAAGAAGGCUCUCGAGGACCGAUACACCAGCGGCAAGAACCGGUGGUUUUUCACUCCUCUGCGUUUCUAAACGGGAUAUCCUGGGGCGUUAUGUCGUUUGAGCUCGCGAGGUUCUAGAUGAGGCAAUGGGAGAAAAACAUCCAGUACGCUCGGAUCCAGAAAUAUACCAUAGCUGGAAGAAUUGGAAAUGUAUCGAUGUACAAGUCAAGGACUUGAGCAUUUAAUGCAGGAUGCCACCAAGAUCCGGCGUCCGUCUCGAAAUGAAAUGGAAAAUGAACAAUU